AUGGUUGUCCCAAACGAGAAGUCUCAGACUCUUCUUCCUUCCAACACUCUGCCACUCGCAAAUGGAAGCAAUGCUCCUAAAUCCAACUGGUUCUCUCGAAACCGUAAAUCUCUUACGGUGGUUUUCGGUCUUUUCCUUCUCUUGCAGCAUCUCGUUGUUUCUCCUUACCUGGUCGACUCAUGGGGUGGUGUUGAUCAGAAAACCAGAAAAUCAAGUUGCGAGCAGGCGGAACCUAUCUUUCCCAAGAGCUUUGAUGUUUCUUCAUUGGUUGAAGGUCAAAAAGAUAGGCUCGUCAACUGGAUCAGUGGAGCAGUAAAAGUCCCCACCGAAGUAUUCGAUGUUAUGGGUGAAAUAGGGGACGAUGAAAGAUGGGAUGUCUUCUACAAAUUCGCAGAUUACCUCGAAGAAGCGUUCCCAUUGGUACACAAGAACCUCAAGCGAACAAGAGUUGUUACUCAUGCGUUGAUCUUCGAGUGGGAGGGUUCUGACUCUUCCCUCAAACCUCUUCUUUUAACCGGUCACCAAGAUGUCGUGCCUGUUCUCCCUGCUACCCGUGGACUUUGGACUCAUGACCCUUUCGGUGGAGAGUAUGAUGGAGAAGUCAUUUGGGGAAGAGGAUCAAGUGAUGACAAGUCAGGUGUCAUAGGUGUUCUCUCUGCAAUUGAGCUUAUGUUAGAGUCUGGUAAAUUCAGCCCUACUCGGUCUGUCAUAUUGGCUUUUGGUAUAGAUGAGGAAUCUGGCGGCAAGGUGGGAGCCUAUCAUCUUGGUCAAUGGAUCGAAGAGAAGUACGGGAAGGACUCCAUCUCUAUUUUGGUUGAUGAGGGUAAUGGAUUGCAAGAAUCUUGGGGUCAACUUUUCGCUGCCCCUGCUGUUGGUGAGAAAGGAUACAUGGAUCUCGAACUUCGGGUAGAGACUCUUGGUGGUCAUAGUUCAGUACCUCCGCCUCAUACUGGAAUUGGAUACAUUUCCCUGCUUAUCGCUGAAAUCGAAAAACAUCCUCAUAAGCCUUAUUUGAACCCUGAAUCUCCUUUGGUCAAUCUCGUAGCUUGUGGAGCAGAUUCAGCACCGAAUUUCCCUAAAAGUUUGAAAAAAGCGAUUUACAGGGUCGAGGAUUCAUUGGCUUCCAAGAACGGUAAAGUUGAUAAGAAAGCGCUCCAAGAAGUGCAAGAUUGGUGGGUCACAGGAAGUUAUGAAGAUGGUACCUUGAUGAAAGGAAUGGGUAAAGCAAUGGUCAGCACCACUCAAGCUGUAGAUAUCAUUAAUGGAGGUCUGAAAGUCAAUGCUCUUCCUGAAAGUGUAGUCGCCAUAGUCAAUCACCGAAUCAGUCUCGCUGAAUCAGUAGCUGAGCUUCAACAGAGAUUGACCGAUGUCAUCGCGCCGGUGGCCAGUAAGCUGAACCUUGAAGUCGAAGCAUUCGGCAAGGACGUCCAAUAUCAUGGUUGUCAUAUGCACCAAGACAUUUCUGAACCAAAAGUAGGAAAGGUAUUCUUGAACGUGGCUUUUAACUCAUCGCUUGAUCCUGCACCAGUGUCUCCAUUCACAGUCGAUUCUGCAGCGUGGAGACUUCUUUCGGGCACUGUCAAAGGAGUCUACGCUACAAGACCAGAAGCUAAACUCAAUGAAGAAGAAGCUAAGAAACAGAUCAUGAUGGGCCCUUCUAUUUCUACCGGUAACACUGAUACCAAACGAUACUGGAAUUUGACACGAAACAUUUAUCGAUUCGCUUAUCAGCAAGGCAAGAAAGCCGGAUUCAACAACGUACAUACCGUUGACGAAUACUUGCCCGCCGACGUUUUUGUUGAGGAAGUAAGAUGGUUCAUGAACUUCAUCGUGAAUGUGGAUGAGAGUCGGGAGAUCUAG